AGAACUUUCUAGAAAUAAAAACCCUCUCUCCCCCUCUUCUUCCCAAAGUCCACACUCUCUUUCUCUCUCAUCAUCAUAAUCUUUAUGAAAUCUAUUCCAAUCGCUCAUCCACAAUUUCUGCCAUCGUUUUCGUUAACUAAUUUUAUAGAUCUGUGAUUUUUACAUCUUCAUUCUUCUCUAUAGAUGGCGCCAUUACAAGCUGAGAAGAAGACAACACCAGGUCUCGAAGAUUCAUCCAACAGAUCUAUACCUACUCCAUUUCUUACCAAAACUUAUCAGCUCGUAGAUGAUCCUUCUUUUGAUGAUUCCAUUUCAUGGAACGAUGAUGGAACUACUUUCAUUGUAUGGCGACCUGCUGAAUUCGCUAGAGAUUUGUUACCUAAAUACUUCAAACAUAACAACUUCUCCAGUUUCGUUCGCCAAUUGAACACUUACGGAUUCAAGAAGGUUGUUCCAGAUCGGUGGGAAUUUGCCAACGAUUGUUUUCGUAGAGGACAAAAGGUAUUGCUUCGUGAUAUACAGCGUAGGAAGAUCUCUCUGAUUACAGCAUCUCCAUCUCCAUCUCCGGUUGCCGCAUUAGCGCAGGCGGUAACGGUUACGGUGGCGGUUAUACCUCCGGUGAGAGCGAUAUCCGUAACAAACUCCGGCGAAGAACAGGAGCAGGAACAGGAGCAGGUUCUUUCGUCGAAUUCAUAUCCAGCUGAGAUUAUAACCGAUAUGAAUCGAGGAACAACGACGGAUCUGACGGAGGAGAAUGAUCGAUUGAGGAGAGAAAACGCUCAUAUGAAUCAUGAACUGAUUCGGUUACGGAGUCUAUGUAACGACGUUGUUUAUCUAAUGACGAACUAUUCGCCGGAUCAUCAUCAUCAUAAUCAACAACAGAAACAAUGUAGAGCGUUGGAUCUGUUGCCGGCGACGAAAACCUGCAUGGAUGAACUCGACGGCGACGGCGAGGGUUCCGGCAGCGGUAGCGGCGGUGUUACGGAUUGCGAUUUAGCGAUGAACCCUAGAUUAUUCGGUGUAUCGAUUGGUUUGAAACGUGCAAGGGAGACCACCGAAGAAGAAGAAGAAGAUGAUCAUGGGCGUGAUCGUAUGCAGACGCAAUUACAAAGAGAAGUGAAAUUAGAACCGUUGGAUGGAAGGAGUGAUCGUCGGCUAGGAGAAAAGUAAAUGUAAUUUGGUUAGCGAUCUGAUUAGAGUAGUUGGAUGUUGACGCGUGUCAAUAAUCCAACUGAUGGUAGUUGCUUAGUCUUUUGAAAGAAACUUCUAGAUUGUGGUACCCGUAGGCAUAACCAGAUUUCAUUGGCUGGUCAUAAAUGUUUAUAGAUAAUAUAUACUAUUAUCAUUUUUUUAAUUUUUUUUUUUUUUUGUUAAUUAGCCCAUUAUUGUUAUGCUGAGUUUUUUUUUU